UUCCUCGAUUUCUUUAUACCCAACGUUCCGCGCACUCAGUCUCAUCGAGUUGCCGGUAAAAAUAACGUCGGCAUUAUUGAACGAAGGACUUUCGUCGAGUCGUCGUUUAUACGACGAUAGCCCGGAACAAGAAACGUAUACACGAAAUAAAUAAACGAAGCCAGCCCAGCUAUUUAAAAACCAAUUGAUUUAUUAAGAGACAUUAAAUUAAAUGCGCGCGCGCUAUAAGACUGGCAAUUCGAUCGGCAAACAACACAUUACACCCAAGUGGCAGCUCCUCAGCUUUUACUUUCUGCAGUGUCUGUACCGAGGUCCCCCACUCCUUGAGGAGAAUUGUGAUUGAAAGAUGGUCUAAGUUUCGCCUUCGAAAAGCUCCCGAGUUUUGCCGCUCUUGUCUCGUGUAUUAUUAUCGGUGCAUUUGAUUCGGUUGGUUGUAAGAAUCGAGAUUAUUUUGAUUCAUUCAUUUCAUUCAUCCGUACUAUUUGUAGUACACGCGCCUUGGAUAAACUUACCUUCGUAGGUAUUGGGCGGACUCCUCGCUAUCAACAUCAACUGCUCGCAACAGUCAAGGUUGAAAAGAGACAAUCGUGAAAAAUUACGACGGCGAAGAUAUUAUUAUUGUGGGCAAAGGCUGCUGGCGCGCGUAGUGCUGCUACUCUUUGAUUCGUAGGACCGGCAUCGACGCGAGGAUGUCGGACAAGGAAGAUCUUAGGCCGGACGAGGAGGCAAACAGGGAUGAAAUACUUCAACCCUGGGUGCCUUAUAGUCAGCGAGAACAGUGGAGGGACGUCGUGCCUAUAGAGCAGGAUGACGGGCCGAAUCCAAUUGUGGUUAUUGCCUAUUCCGAGAAGUUUACAGAAACACAUAACUACUUUAGAGCCAUAUUAAAAUCCAAAGAAAAAUCAGAACGUGCAUUAAAUUUGACUGCUGAUUGCAUUUGGUUAAACGUAGGUAAUUAUACAGUGUGGCAGUAUCGAAGAGAGAUUCUUAAAGAGCUUGGAAUUGAUCUCAAAGAUGAGUUGAAAUUUAUUCAAGUAGUCAUUAAAUGUAAUUUAAAGAAUUAUCAGGUUUGGCAUCAUAGAAAAGUUAUUGUCGAAUGGAUGCAAGAUCCCAGUGCGGAACUUGAAUUUACCAGCACAAUUUUAAAAAGAGACGCGAAAAAUUAUCAUGCCUGGCAAUAUAGACAAUGGGUUAUAUCAACGUUUAAUUUAUUUAAAAAUGAAUUGGAGUAUACUGAUGAUUUAAUAUCAGAAGAUGUAUGUAAUAAUUCUGGAUGGAAUCAACGAUACUUUGUUUUAAAUAAUACAACAAAAUUUGAACCAGAAAUUAUUGAUAGGGAAGUCGAUUUUACGCUUAAAAAAAUUUCACAAAUACCUGGUAACGAGAGUGCUUGGAAUUAUUUGAGAGGAAUUUUGAUGCAUGAUAAGAAUGGAGGCUUAGCCUUUAAUAAGAAAGUAUUGGAAAAGUGCAAAGUGUUGUAUAAUCUUGGAUAUAGAACGAAUCAUCUCCUAGCUUGUAUUAUCGAUAUCUGUCAGGAAAGGCAUUCUACCAAUGAGCCAACGGAAUCUUUAUUUCAUAUUCUUCAGGCAUUCGAAUUAUGUAAAGAUUUAGCAGAAAAAUAUGAUAAAAUUCGCAAGAGGUAUUGGCAAUAUAUUAGCCAACAAUUAGCACAAAAAUUUAAUGAUGUAUUAUAGUGAUAUUAAUAACCA